AUGUUGAAUGCACUAGGAGUGAUUGUAUCCGGCCGUCUGGUCCAAACAGAUUUUCAACAGAUUAGUGAGUCCCAUUUCCUAAUUACCAUUCCGGAUGCGGAUAAUGUGAACCAUGUGGUGGUGUUCCUGACCGGAACCAUUCCUUUCCCUGAUGGUAUGGCCGGCGGAGUUUAUUUCAGCUGGCCCGAUCCGAAUGCACCACCGAGCUGGCAACUGCUUGGGUACAUUUCCAACACAAAACCAUCGGCAAUCUUUAAAAUAUCCCAGCUGAAAAAGUUGGACGAAAUUACGGGCCAAACUACGAUGAUGAACAAUGUGUUUGGUAGUAAUCUUCCCAUCUCACACAUUGCUCAAAUCGGUGUGUCUAUCGAGCCGGAAAGCUCGCUCGUACAGCAAACUCCUUCAACGACAACAUCGAGCACCUACUACCAGUUCGGUCAGAAGAUACUGGAAAACUUUUUCAACUUUGUCAGCAGCUUCUCGGUGACGCAAAGCCAAAUGACGCCGGCUCCGAACGAAACGUUUGUCCCACUAUCGACGGUACAAACGUGGUACACCAACUUCGAGCGUAGGUUGCAGCAAAAUCCAAACUUUUGGAAAAACUAG